UGCCCGCCCCUGAGUCUGGAGCAGCAGCAGCAGCAGCAGCAGUGGAGCUUCACUGCCUCUCCUCGCCUCACAGUGCGGGAAUAUACCAGCGGAGAGCAGAAUGGAUACGGAAGGGAGCCAGAGCAGCCUGUCCUCCGGCACGGACAACUCCCCCCACGACCCCUGCAAAAUGUUCAUCGGGGGUCUGAGUUGGCAGACAACACAAGAGGGCUUGAAGGAGUACUUCUGCAAAUUCGGCGAGGUGAAGGAGUGCAUGGUGAUGCGGGAUCCCGUUACCAAGCGGUCGAGAGGGUUCGGCUUUGUAACAUACACAGAACAAGCCGGUGUGGAAAAGGUUUUGGCACAAAACAGACACGAGCUGGAUUCUAAAACGAUCGACCCAAAGGUGGCGUUUCCCCGCCGGGCUCAGCCCAAGCUGGUGACCAGGACAAAGAAGAUCUUUGUCGGAGGACUGUCAGUCAAUACCACCAUCGAAGAUGUGAAGCAAUAUUUUGACCAGUUUGGAAAGGUCGAUGAUGCCAUGCUCAUGUUUGACAAAACAACCAACAGACAUAGAGGUUUUGGUUUUGUUACCUUUGAGAAUGAAGAUGUGGUUGAGAAAGUGUGUGAGAUCCACUUCCAUGAGAUCAACAACAAAAUGGUGGAGUGCAAGAAAGCCCAGCCCAAGGAGGUGAUGACGCCGACAGGCUCAGCCAGAGGCCGUUCCAGGGUGAUGCCCUACGGGAUGGACGCUUUUAUGCUGGGCAUUGGCAUGUUAGGCUACCCGGGUUUUCAGACUGCUACCUACACCAGCCGCAGUUACUCUGGUAUCGCGCCCGGAUACACCUACCAGUUCCCAGAAUUCCAUUUAGAGAGGACCCCCCUCCUGACAUCAUCCCACCCUCCUGAGCUGGCAGCCAUUCCCCUGACUGCAUACGGACCAAUGGCAGCAGCUGCAGCAGCCGCCGCGGUAGUUAGAGGCUCCACCCCUUCACGCACAGCUGGCUUCCUGGGCACCAGCAGCCCUGGACCAAUGGCUGACCUGUACGCUGCAGCCAAUCAGGACUCAGGAGUCAGCAGCUACAUCAGUGCAGCUAGCCCCGCCCCCAGCACAGGGUUCAGCCAUGGUAUAGGGGGUCCUCUGAUUGCUACUGCCUUCACUAAUGGCUACCACUGAGAAGUCUCAGGUCACCGAGGGAUGGGAGGGCGUCUCCUCUGCUGAUGAGCCAAUCACAAUGCUGACUGCCCACUGAUGGCACAACCUGAUUGGCCGGCCACCGGCUCUUUACCGGGCUCUCCUGGCUCCAUAUGGCUCCGCCCACCGACUGAAUAUCUUUUUAAAUCCAGAACUCUUGUUUCUGCUGUACUAAUCUCACUUCAACAUAACUUCCCUGUUUUCUCCUCUUUUGUCCUCAUCAUGUAGUCUAAUAACUAGAGCCCACCCCCUCUCCCCCCUCAGUUAUCCAUUUUUUUCCUUUUGAAGCUGAGAAAAAGAAACUGCAAAAAAAAAAAAAAAAAAAAAAUCUCCGAGGAAACAUUUGUCAUCGUUGACAAAGACACAGACAACUAUUUUGAGUUUUUAUUAUCGUCAUUUUAAACUUCACUUCCAUCGUGAAUCCUUCCCAGCUGUCGUGCUGAUGUUAACAGAAGCAGAAAGAAGGCAAAAAAAAAGAAAGCUGUGCGAGAUGAGAUGGGUCUCAAAGCCGUUUUUAACAAAGGAAGAACAAAUCCAACACAGUCCUUUUUUUAACUCGAGUCUCACGGAAACAUGGAGGGAAAAAAACAAACAACCAACAACAACAACAAAAGUUAAAUGUAUAU